AGGAUGAUGGUGACAUUGCUUAUACCCGCAAGCAGAGGUGCGAACUGGUGCGAAUGCGAGCUUUGUAACCUCGAAUUAGCUGAGGGAUGACACAUUACUAAGCCAAACCUUGUCAUCUCCGCCCGUUAGACGGAUCAUCUCCGGAAUCUUCUCAACAUAAAAGAGGGUGCUAUGGCUCGCUUCUUAAAACCACGAUUCUCAUUGCGACAUGGCGCUGGUUACAGAUGUCUGCUUAUUUCUGAUUGCCCUCUUUCUUAUCUACAAAAUUUCGACAAAUCGAAAUAGCGUUACUACCAACCUGCGAGGACCUCCGAGUCGAAGCUGGCUGUUUGGUUUCACUAAAGUUAUCCAUUAUUCCGAGGACGUAGCUCUCUUGUACGAGAAAUGGUCGGCCGAGUAUGGUUCAGUCUUCAGUGUCCCUGGAUUCUUGGGACAUCAGAAACUAGUUAUUUGCGACCCGAAGGCGGCGGCGCAUUUCUACUCGAGAGAGGCGGUUGGAUACGUCAAGACGCCCAUGACGCGCAUGUUCAUCGAAAUUAUGGUCGGAAAGAAUCUGGUAUGGGUGGAGGGGGACCUACAUCGACAACAGCGCAAAUUCCUCAUACCAGCAUUCAGCAACGCAGCUAUACGUGAUCUUACCCAUGUUUUCUUUGAUUCGGCUCACAGGACCUCGUCCGCUUGGGACGCUAUUCUAGAAGGAAGCGAUGGUACCUCCACGAUCGAUGUGCAAAACUGGAUGAAUCGCAUCUCGAUGGAUAGUAUUGGUAUAGCAGGAUUCUCUCACGACUUUGGGGCUAUCGACGGGAAGCCCCAAAUUUUCGACAGCGUAGACUUGACUAGUGGUGCUGCCGUUUUCGCCUUGAUGACCAUCGUGGGGUCUGUAUUUCCUGCUGUUCUCCGUCUACCUUCGAAGAGGAAAGACGAUCUCACCGCUAUGAAACGUAUGUUCACCAGCAUAGCUGAUAAGCUCCUGGCCAAGGCCAAAGAGCACGGGAACGAAGAAGAUAAAUCUGUAUUGGGUCUACUACUCAAAUCCGAGACCGAUGAAGCCGACGUUCACAUGUCUCGAGACGAAGUCAUAGCACAGAACUUAUUGUUGCUAGCGGGUUAUGAAACGACGAGCAUUAGUCUUACCUGGUCCCUGAUCGAAUUGUGCAAGAACGUCGACAUACAAAGCAGGCUUCGCGCAGAACUAGUACAAUUCGGUAACACAGAUCCAACGUGGGAGCAACUCCAAUCGAGCCUUCCAUACCUUGACGCGGUCGUACAUGAAAUCCUACGAACACACCCGCCCGUUUUAGAGACCGCCAGGGUGACGGCAGAAGAUGACAUUCUCCCUCUCGCUACACCCAUAGUAACCAAAUCUGGCGAGACGAUUAACAGUAUCUUCGUUGCCAAAGGAACGCACGUUACCGCCUCCAUUGGGAUGCUGAAUAGAUCCGAGGAGCUUUGGGGCCCCGACGCGAAGGAGUUCAAUCCAGAGAGAUGGCUGGAGGACAGUGCGCCGAGAGCAAAGGAGAUAAAGGGCCAUCGCCACCUCCUGACGUUCGCAAAUGGACCUCGAAUGUGUCUUGGGAAGGUGUUCGCCUUGACUGAGUUCAAGGCCGUGCUCUAUGUCAUUAUCAAGAACUUUACAUUCGAAUUCCCUGGUGGAAAGGACACUGUUAUUGGCAAGCAUUUGGGAGGCGUUUUGGCUAGACCAAAAGUUGUCGGAGAGGAAGGCGCGAGAGUUCCGUUGAGGAUGAGGCGAGUAUGA